AAUGAAUUAACCAGGGAGCGGAAAGACGUUGGUGACUGGUCUUUUUUGAAAUUAGUGCGGUUUUUUUUUUUGGGGCUGUUGACAAUUUCGUGUCACCUUUUGGUUAAGCCGCCUCUGCAACCACCCCCCACGCCCCACCCGCCCGACUACACCACUACAAAUAGAUGCCUGACCUGUGGGAAACACGGCAUUCACACACUAGGGCCAAUUUAGUGUUGCCAAUCAACCUAUCCCCAGGUGCAUGUCUUUGGAAGUGGGAGGAAGCCGGAGUACCCGGAGGGAACCCACGCAGUCACAGGGAGGACAUGCAAACUCCACACAGAAAGAUCCCGAGCCUAGGAUUGAACCCAGGACUGCAGGACCUUUGUAUUGGGAGGCAGACGCACUAACCCCUCUUCCACCAUGAAGCCUGGCGCUGACAUCUUGGAUAGGACAAUGUCAAAAAUUCCCAGAGGAGGGAAUCAUCUUGCAGACUCAAAGAAAGCAGCCUCUCAGAGAAAUUACAUGAAAGAGGCAGCACCUGCAACCAAUCCCCAAAAAGACGAUGUCCUCAAACAAAAAGAGAACGUGAUGCGAAAACAUGCUGCCCACAAGGUUUACAAAGGCGUUUCAACAAGGCAUGAUGCACAGGAACACCUGAAGGAGCAGAACCAACAGUUAAUGGCUGCUAAUGAGGAACUGCAAACAAUCCUCACAGAAGAACAGAAACGACUCGCUCACAUGGAGCGACAGUUUUGUGUCCUUGAAAAGGAAAAUUCGGAGGUGACCAAAAACCUCCAGGACUGCCAGAUACUGCUCGUGGCUGCAAAAAUAGACCCCAUCUCUGGAGAAGUCGUCGGACAAGCUGCACGCGAAAUGAAAGAACAAAGGAAAGAAGUAAUGAGCAUUUCCACAGACCUUCUGAAGGAAUUAAAGGAUUUUGGUGUCAUGGCCACUCAGCAGCAAUCUCGUCUACAGGAGAUACAGACAACAAUUACCCACCUGACGGAAGCAAGGGAGCAGAUGAUGCAAGAGAGGGAGACUUUUUCCCUGGAAGCGGCUGACAUAGAAAAAGCGCUAAUGGAGGCAGAAGCUCUGUUGUAAAAAUGUACAGUGGGGCAAAAGAGUAUAUAGUCAGCCACCGAUUCUGCAAGUUCUCCCAAUUAAAAUGAUGACAGAGG